AUGGCAGAUUCCAAGCCGAACCGCCAACUUCACCUGACGGCGUUUAUGCGACCAGUCUCACUACACACAGGGGCAUGGCGUUACCCCGGUUCAUACCCAGACGCCAACUUCAACUUCAAACACCUCACCCAGUUUGCACAGAAACUAGAAGCCGCUAAAUUCGAUGCCUUUUUCAUGGCCGAUCAUCUGGCUGUGUUGAACAUGCCGAUUGAAGCCCUCAAACGUAGCCAUACGGUUACCUCAUUCGAACCGUUUACGCUACUAUCAGCUCUGUCCGCGGUGACGGAAAGGAUUGGCCUUGCUGCGACGGCGAGCACGACCUACGAUGCUCCGUACCAUGUUGCCCGACGGUUUGCCAGUCUGGACCAUUUGAGUGGUGGGCGAGCGGCGUGGAAUAUCGUGACAACGGGAAAUCCGGAAUCGAGCAAGAAUUUUGGAUUCGACGAGCAUAUGGCUCAUAGCGAUAGAUAUAAGCGUGCCCGUGAGUUUUAUGAUGUUGUGACUGGACUGUGGGAUAGUUUUGCGGAUGAUGCUUUUACUCGUAAUGUGGAGACGGGCCAAUAUUUUGAUCCAGAGAAGCUGCACGUACUGGACCAUUCUGGAGAUGAGUUGAAAGUACGCGGGCCAUUGAAUAUUGCUAGACCACCUCAGGGAUGGCCGGUUAUUGUGCAGGCUGGGCAAAGUGAGCCUGGACGACAACUUGCAGCAGAAACGGCAGAGGUUGUGUUUUGCAGCCCUAAAGAUAUUGAAGCCGCAAAGGCUCUUUACGCGGAUAUUAAGGGACGGGUGGAAAAAGUCGGACGAAAACGAGAACAUUUGAAAAUCUUACCCGCAGCACUGAUCAUUGUUGGAGAGAGCAAGCAGGACGCCCAGGAGAAGAGGCUCAAUUUGGAUAGCCUCGUACAUUAUGAUAGUGCAAUUUCAUCCUUGUCGGUGGCCCUGGGAGUUGAUGUCAGUCAUCUUGACCCAGAUGGCCCUCUGCCAGACGAUCUCCCAGAGACAAAUGGAAGCAAGACGGGCAGAGAUGGUGUUGAACUACUGGCCAAGACAGAGGGUCUUACGAUACGUCAGCUUGCUCAACGAUAUGGAGGAUACUCUGGGUUAGCGUUCUUGGGCUCACCAAGCGAGAUAGCCGAGGAGAUGGAAAAGUGGCUCAAAGAGGAUGCCUCAGAUGGCUUUACAUGCACAUUUCCAUUCUUGCCUCAGGGAUUGGAAGAGGUGACCGACAAAUUGAUUCCGGAACUGCAACGAAGAGGCCUUUUCCGUCAAGAUUAUACAGGCUCAACGUUGCGUGAACACUUUGGCCUACCCAGACCGGAGAAUCAAUUCUUUACCAAGGAUUGA